AUGACAUCAUUGGAGGCACUUGCUAUGUUUCUUUGGAGUUGUGCGCAUAGUGAAACUAAUCGAAAUAUUCAAAAUAAGUUUGGAAAGUCAGGAGAGACCGUAAGUAGGAAGUUUACUGAAGUUCUAGAAAGUUUAUGUUUACUAGCAAAAGAAAUUGUUAGGCCUCCAGAUUUUAACUUUGUAGAAAUUCCAUCCAAAAUCAAGGAUGAUCGAAGGUAUUGGCCAUACUUUGAAGGGUGCAUCGGUGCUAUAGAUGGAACACAUAUUUCUGCAAUUGUUCCCACUAAAGAUCAAAUUCGCUAUAUUGGCAUAAAGGGAUAUCCAACACAAAACGUCAUGUUAGUGUGUAACUUUGAUAUGUUAUUCACUUUUGUUGUUGUUGGAUGGCCUGGUACUGCACAUGACACUCGUAUUCUUUCGUCAGUUAUUGAAGAAAUGAAAAGUGUUUUCCCUCAUCCUCCUGAAGGAAAGUACUAUUUGGUUGAUGUUGGAUAUCCAAACAUGAAAGGAUAUUUAUCACCAUAUAAAGGUGAAAGAUAUCAUAUUCCUGAUUUUAGAGAUGGAAGUCCAGCAGAAGGCAUACGUGAAGUAUUCAAUCAUGCACAUUCUUCAUUGAGAAAUGUCAUUGAAAGAACAAUUGGCGUUUGA